UUAUAAAUUAAAUUACUGAAAGUAAUAAGAAAUAGAAAUAUCGAAGAGAUAAAUUAUCUUUAGUAGCAAGCGUAACCUCAAAAAUCCAUUAAUGCCAAUAUUUGAAAGAGAUAUGUGUUUGUAUAAGGAAAGAUUAUUAUUUUAUAAUAUCCACGACGAAAAGUUGUAAAAUCACCUUAGGAAACAUCAGGAAAUGCUAUGUAUAAUUUAUGAAAGUAUUAAGAUGGAUAACUUAAACAAUAAACUGAUAUGCCAUUUGUGUUGUAUAAAAAUUGAAGAAGAUGAGUUAAUAGAAAUCUUUGAUGAGAUUAAUUUGACACAGAAAAUAAAUGACACAUUAUCGCUCAAGGUUUCACCAGAUGAUGAUUAUUCGAGAUAUAUAUGCUUGGACAGUUACGAAAAGGUUAUCAAGCACUAUGAAUUUAUGCAAAACAUCUUGAAACUAUCAAAAGAAAAUAUCAGUACAACAAAAAAUAACUCUUUGUGCGAACUUAAUAAGAAUAAAAAAAUAGAAAUGGUUUCCAAACUACACGACAUGAUAUACACAUGUCCCAAUUGUAAUAUAGAUUUAAUGAUCAUAAUAAGCAAUAAUCUUGAAGAUAUCAAUUGUGCAGUUCAAAUCACACUAGCUGCUGUAGAUCAAAUGGGGAAAUCGAUAAAGGAAGAAGACACGCAAAUACCUAAAAAUACAAUAUAUCAUGAUAAUACCUGUAUGCAAAAGUCAAGUAUAAUAGAUGAUGAAACUACAGCAUGCAUUGUAAACGAAUGUAUCAAUGAAGAAUGCAAAAGCUCGUUAGUCUUAUAAGAAGCUAAUUCUAUAGAUGCUUAUAUUAUGUAUCCAAGUAAAAAUAUAUUGUAUGAAAAAAGAAAAGAUGCAAAGGAAGGAUGUCAGAAAAAUAUUAUUCUUGAAACAGAGAAUAAUCUUAGCGAGUUGAAACUAAAAAUAGAAGAAAAUACAAUAACAAACAAACCUGAUGCAAAUUUGCAGAAUUUUGAUUACGAUAGUACAGAUAAUUUGAUAAAAAUCGAAUCAGUAAACGACAGCGUAAAUAUUAAUUUAAAAAAUAUCGAGACGGUAAAUGACGACGCGAAUGAUUUGAUGGAAAUUGUGUCAGUAAAUGGCAACAUGGAUCUUGACGAGAAAGUAGGCGGCAAAGAGGAUGAUGGUAUAGUGUACACGACUGAAACAGAGAGAGAAUGUGUUGACGAGGAUUCUACGAAAUGCGAGGAUAUCAAUACUAAAAGUUGCCCGAAGAUCAUAUGCGACUUAUGCGGGACACAUUUCCGUCACAUGAAAAGGCAUGAACUGAACAAAAUGGAUAAGUUCGUCUGCACGGUAUGCGAGAAAGAGACUAGCAAUGAGAGUUUGUUGUGGAGUCGUUAUUUCUACGCGCACAAGAGCUCCGUGCGCAUGGAACGCAAUAGAACGUUCGCGAGGAAGACGAAACUGAAAAGCCAUCAGAAAAUAUGCAAGCAUUUCGAUAUGAAUAAUCAGAAUGUCAGGCGGAAACGAAAAUCUAUAAAUUGCACUCUCUGCAAAAGCCCGGUAACGGACUUAGGUCCGAAGGCUAUUAACGACCUGGUAAUGUGCAACGAUUUCGCCUUGUCACUCAUGGUCGGAUGAGGAGGGGUUCGCUGCCGAAUAUACAUCGCUAUCAAUCCUACGGUCGUGGACGUGUCGUUCGUGGAAAUGGCCGGGGAAAAGCGUACCCAGGAUCAGGGGGAGACCUUAACCGCGAGCACGGUGCUCGUCGACAUCGAGGGCACCACCACAAGCAUCAGCUUCGUCAAGGAGACCCUCUUCCCCUAUGUGCGCCAAAAUUUGAAAAAUUAUAUCGAGUCAAAGUGGGAGGAUGAGGAGUUCAAGAAGGAUUAUGAAAAGUUAAAAGAACAGGCAAAAAAGGAUGAAGAAGAAAAGUUAGAUGGCUUUGUAGCGAUUAAUGGUGAUAAGCCUGAAGAAGAAAAAGAUUCACUUUUGAAAAAUAUUUUAUGGCAAAUGGACAAUGAUCGUAAGACGGGUGCAUUGAAGCAAUUGCAAGGACAUAUGUGGUUACAAGCAUAUGAAACAGACGCAGUUAAAGCUCACGUUUAUGAAGAUGUCCCUAAAGCGCUUGAAUCGUGGACGAACGAUGGCAAAAAAAUAUACGCCUAUUCAAGUGGCAGUGUUGAAGCACAAAAACUCCUCUUUGGACAUGCCGAACAUGGCGAUAUGCUUAAGUAUUUUAGUGGCUUUUUUGACACAGAAGUAGGCGCAAAGCAAGAAAUUGACAGCUACAAAAAUAUUUUAAGCAAAAUCAAUGAAAAACCAUCCAAUGUUGUAUUCCUUACUGAUGUCGUAAAAGAAGCCGCAGCUGCCAAGGAAGCGGGUUUAUCGUCAGUCAUCGUGGUACGUGAGGGUAAUGCCGCCCUGACCGAUGAAGAGAAAACUACGUUUACGACUGUUAACUCCUUCUUGGAUUUGACAUUUCAAACGUCUGCGAAGCGACAAAAGUUAGAAACAGCAGAUGAAAAAGUUGACGAAGGUACGACUGAUGUCAGUGAGCCAAUGGAUACUUCGGAGGAUGUAGAAAUGUCCGACGUCAGUGAUAAAAAAGUCGAAAAGAAUGAUGCGAAGGAAGUAACCGAAACAGAAACAACUGAGCAUGUGAAGAGUCAGUCGUCGGAAGACGCUUCGACUUCCUCAGCACAAAAGGAAGAACCUAUGGUGGUUGUGAAAGAUUCUUCGAAUACCGAACAGGAAGCCUUGGCUUCAGAAACGAUGGAAACUGAUGUAAAAUCCGAAGAUACAAACGAAAAAAUGGAUUCCUCUGAAAGCACAGAACAAACUGCGAAAGAUGACGUCGUGGCAUCAGUUGCAAAAGACAGCGAUAAAGUCGCUGUGCCAGAAAAGACUGAAGAAAACUCAGAUACAGCUGCAACUGAAGUCACCACUCCCGUUGCCGAUGACUCCAUGGAUACGUCCGUGCCAGAGUCUAUAUCAAAGUCUGAAAGUGCUUCCACGUCUACCGAGAAAAAGACUGAAGAAUCCGCGGACGUCGUGAAGGAUACACCGCCUGAGAUUGUCGAUAAAGCUCCAACGGCUGAAAAUGAUAAAAAGGAGGAUGACGUUGGUCCAGAGACACAAAUCUGCGACAAAAAUAUAGCAGACAAAUCCGAGGAAUCCUUAGCAACGGAAAAGGAUGAGAUAAAGGAAGAGUCAAAACCUGUUUCCGGCACGUCCGAAAACGAGAAAGAUUCUGCAAAGAGUGGACCAGAAGAAGUAGCCAAAACAGAGACGACUGCAGACGUCACUGAAAAUGGAGAAACUACGGAGGUAACUGUGGAAAAAACUACAGUACCGCCAACAGUAACAGAACCGGAAGCAACAACCAGUACGACAGACGCGAAGAGAGAAGCGUCCCAGUCGAACGAAGUACCUCUGGAAAAGACUGUAGAGGUUGCUGCGGAACCUGAAAAGGUUGAUGAAAAGAUACCGCAAGGCAUGGAAACUGAAGAGUCGGCGUCUGACGCCGAGAAAUGCGAGAACGAAGCUACGAAGCAGGAAGCAACAAACGAGACAGUGAAAGAAGAGAAUGUGGUGGACGUGAAGGACAAAAAUACAGUGGAUUCAGAAAAGCAAAAACUCAACGGUACCACACAAAAUGGGAAUACGGAGGUGCCAGUGUUGGAUGACAAAUUGCACAGUAACGGACUGAACGAGGGGACGUCGAAGGAGACUACGAGCGAAGACGCGGCGACGGCGUCGACGGCAGCGGCGGCACAAAAUGGCGAGGCCGAGAGUUCGUCGGAAAGUAGUGAAUCCAUAAAAGUUAAAAAGGUCGUCGAUUCCGCUGUGGCCGACGGUGCCGGAGAACCCGAUGUUGUUCCUCCUGUAGUCGUAGCGACGUCUUAACUUUGUUCUUAUACAGUUUAAGGAGCCCUUCAUGCAUAACCCCAAUCCACAAGUACUUAUUCGCAGGUAUAAACUGAUAAAUUGAUUCCAUAUACUUUACGUAAAACGUACCACGUCGAAGAUGUAACGCGCUAUUUAAGAUGCAGUUCGUAAAACUACCGUUCGUUUCGACGACUAUAACGAGACAAAAAAAAAGAGAAAGGAGUAGGAGGAUAAUACGAAAGACGCAACGUAUUUCAGAUUCGAUUGUCCUUUAGAUGUUACGAUAGCUGUACAUUUUAAUUUUCUUUAUGAUGGCUGACUUCUGUUUGUAUGGUGCCGAUGUCGUUAACGUUUUAUGUUAACUCGUAUACGCCGAGUGAUAUUGUCCUAUAUCACAAAAACCGGCUUCUAUCGUUAGUUUCUUCGCGUUUGCUUUCUCCAAUAACGAUCUGCCUUCGAUCAUUACGACACUUUUUACAAGCGAAGGCAGUGACUUAUUACAAUUAAACACGCAGAACUUUCUUAGCUGUAAUCUCGCGCGUGAUCGGUCUAGAAGUAAUCGAACGUGUCAUCCCCGUUGUAAUCGAUUACUACGUGUUUUUGAAAGUUUUUUUUUUUUUCUCAAAUACUACUAUCACUCUUGACAACACAAGUAUUGACAUCUUUUUUAUACCGCCUAAACAGAAUUGAUUGUACGUGGAAACUGAUAGAAUAGGUAAUUCCAACAUAGUUGCAGUGCGUUAAAAUGUCAACUGUAUCUGUGCCAAAUGAAUUCGACGGUUUGUGAAGUCCCUCUCUUGCUUCCUCAUUUUACGUCUUAGGCUUUCUUUUUCUUUUAAUACGAUGUAUGAUAUUGAGGAAUCCGAUAGAUGUUUUAUUGCUGCAACCAUGAAAUGUUGACUUAAUUAUUUCUUAAGACUGAAUUGGUAACUCCUCGAGCAGUCGCUGACUUUAGAUUAUAUAAUAGAUUUUUGUCGCAUACAACUCCUUCUUAAUUUUGUGAACUGAUAAACAAUACAUUUCGAGUCUAACUCGAGAUUGUUAUUGUAAAUACAUCGUGCAGUCGAUUACAUUAGUUUUGCUCAUCGCGUUUUUAUUAAGGUAAUUAGGAUUUUUUUUUAAAUAUUAGCGCUUCUUGCAUCGAUACGCUUUCGGCUAUCGUUUUGUCUGCCUAACAUGGUUCACGUAAUGUAAUUUUCUUUCUUAAUGACGUUGACACAGAAGCGUUAACGAGUUACGUUGCGAAACGUCAUUUGUCUCAAAGAGAUUUAAACUCUCUUUUAUCUUCGAUUAGUAUCAAAGUAUUUCGCGACUUGGUUCGCAAUUGCUCAAUGUAAGAGGCGAAUGGUUCUCGUUGAUUACAUGAGACUCAAGUUUAGUAAUUUGUGGUGUUUUCGUAAUGUAAUCGAUUAAUUGAAAAUUAAGUAAAUUUUUACAUUUGUGAUUAAAUCGCUUAUAGAGAUAUCACAUAAAUUAUAUUAUCAAACUUUCAACUUUUAAUCGUGUAAUCAAUUGGACACAUUCUCUUCUACGUUGACGUGAUUUCGAAACACGACGUGAUUUCGAAAUACUCGUGGAAAAGCAUAUCGAUUCGUAGAUUUACUCUGUCAUUCCUAUAAACUAACGAACUAAAUGAUUGAAUGUUUGCGCAAAGUCUACAUGUAUAACUUUUACAUUAUUGCUUUGCACGUAAACUAAGUUAGAUAAAGAUUGAGCAUUUUUUUCGCUGCCUGUUGACAUAAGGAUUAUUUGAUUUCUCAAAAUUUUCGGAAACAUAUAUACAUAUAUAUGUUUCUAUAUAAUUUUUCUAAAUAUAUCGGAAAUUUAGAUAAAUCAACAGGAAAAGAUGACUUGUGAUUUGAAAUAUAAAAUGUUUCGAAUGAAAAUAGAAAUAAGCGUCUACAAAAAGACAGCUGUCCAUCGGGGAAAGAAAAGAAGAAAAAAAACUUGAGUAGAUAAAAGUAAAGGCAAGCAAACAUUGCUUUGUAUCGUCUAGUCACUUAAAUUAUGUGCGAAGCGCUAAUGUAGACACUCUAUGCAUAGACUUGCCUUCUUUUAUGCUCAAUGUUAUUUUAAAACCGCCAUUAUGAAAACGAUAUUAGAAGAUCACGAUGAUAGCGGUUGAAACGCUCUCGGCAGAUGAUACUUUUACUGCUGUUUAUUAUGUCCAUUCCUGUUAAAUUGACUGUGAUUUAAGGAUAUCGAUAGAAAUAGGUUUCUCUCUCGAAAGGAUUCGUUAUUAUCGGUUAUUAUUAUUAUUGCUAACAGCCGCCGGACUUCGCCGAGCGAUAUGUAUUCCGUUACGAUUAUUAUUUUUUAUUCGGUUUAGCAUGUUCCCGUCUAGUUGAGGCCACAGGCGGAGAUUUCUAUAGAUCGAUAGGCGAUUUCGCGUCGUUCGGAUAUCUUCGUCAACUAUGCUAGGGAGGCGCGAUGAUACGAAAGAGAGAAACGCAACGAUCAGUGUGUGUACGUAAAUAUGCGUACAAUGGAGCGAAUGGGAAAUCAACAUAAACAAGCCAAGAAUCAUACUUUGAUAUUUUACGAUAUAUACUCCUGACAGACCUCGCAUAUUUUAUUUAUAAGUCGUCUUCUCGGAGAGGUGUGGACGGUUCGAUACUUGCAACGAUCCCCGCCAUUACAUCAUUCGUCUCGAAAUAGUCAAGAAAAAGAGUAAACUUUCGUGCUUUACCACCUCAUCACCGGGUUCGACGUCACCGCUUUUACCGAUCAUAACCCGAACAUCAUCGAUCGAUCAUUUUCACGCAUGAUCGAGAUAUCUCACGUUCGCUCACCCAUUCCAUCGAAUGUAUACCCGCGUCGGUCUCACAUUUCAAUGGUGAUCUGUAGAUCCGCGAAAAAGAACGAAAAUAAGGAAGAAGAUGUCAUGCAUCACGACGAGCAGGCUGACUGGGAAAUCAAGCGACGGAAAAGAGACGAGCUCUUCCGUUCGUCGAUUGAUCAUCUAUCGCACAUUAUGAAAGCCGACAAAACUGCCAUUGUUACGAUUGACAUAAGUCAAACUCGAGGAUGAGAUGACGAUGUGCUCGAAGCCCUUCUCGGCUGACUUUCACGACAUCGCCCGAAAUCAUCACCUCCAUAUCAUUCAUACUAGUGUUGCGUCAAUAGUCGGAGGGCCGAAGCGCACAUUUUCACCGCAUGCUCGAGUGCGAUUCACGCUCAAUUCUUGAUCAUGAUGAUAAUUCCCGUGUGUCCUUCGUGUGAUUCUUUAACGCGUUCAGUGCCGCAUCGUUCGUGCCGUUGACCGGCCUUGUAACAUGUAUCGACAAAAAGAACUAUAUUUACAUUAUAUAUAUAUAUAUAUAUAUAUAUGCGUGUGUGUAUAUGUAUAUUUAGAAAUUUACAAUAUAGAGGAAGCGUAUCAAAGGAGUAAUAACAUGAUUGUGUUUGUAAAGAAACAUUUAUUUGCGUUCAAUUUGCGAUCUUAGGACGUAUAAUCUCUCUAAUCAGGUUUCCGCGAAAUUAAUCAAAAUGUAUGCGACACUGAACGCUUUAAAUUAGCAAGAGCUGAACUGAAUCGCCGUGUUCCGAAUGAUACGGAAGUACGAAUUAUGGGCGAGCGAAUACUCGAUGCGACACUGCCUCGUUAUUUAUUACACCGCGACAGAAAAUGGCCCGAUUAAGAUCCAUAUCAAUCUCCCUGUAUUACUAUUAAGGGUCGGAUUACGUUUGUUAUUAUUGACAACGCGUGGUUCUCGCGAUUUCUCGAUAGGUUUACUGAUUGCGAUUCUGACGAAAAAUAACAAUCGAGGAUCUUGAUACAUCGCGUUUUUACGAUCGUGAAACCAUCAAGGAGACUUUUGAACGCGUUAAGAUUACGAACGAGACGAUCGGACGAAAUCCAACGUACUACUAACACGAAUAACCUCGUAUUCAUUAGCGAUAUUAUUGUUUGUAAUUCAUUGGCUAUAUUAUCUCUAAUACAUCGAUAUAAUUGUAGGAGAGAUGUAAGGACUUUAUCGAUACUUUCUAAUGGUAACUUUCGAGGAUAUAUAGAUGUUCCCGCGGGAAAUUGAAGAGUGGAAAUUAAAUAUCAGCUAUGUAUCGCGAACUAUAAUUAGAGAACUACUAAUAAAGGGGAUGUUUCAUGUUUGCAGAAAUGCUUGUUUAUCAAUUUAAUGUCACGAGCACGCGAUAUUAUUUUAAACAUUCGUAGCAUCUUGAAGCAUUAAAUCAGCGAGCGCUAUUAAAUAUCGUGAAAAAAAUGCAAGUUUCUUCAUAACUAAGAAUAUUAGUUUGAAAUGUUGCAUCGAAUCUUCGGCUGGUAUUUAAUUUCCAUUCUUCAAUUGUUCCUACGAGCCCGCUUCUUCGCAUUUUCCCUUCUUUCCUCUUCUACUUCUUCUCCCCCUGCCCUUUCUGUUCCUUCAUUUUUUCGGCGGAUCGCUUUAUAUUUUUCACGAGGGAAGAUUAUAGUUACGUCAUUGUCAUUUGGUGUUUUUGCAAAUAUUGAUAUGUGUGCAGUAAGUUGUGAGAACACGAGCGAUUUGGUGUUUGAUUUGAUUUGAUGUUAGAUCGCGACGCGUCGAUCUUGCGAUCGAUGAAAUCCCUAUAUACGUUUCCUGGAUAAAUACGAGUCCCGAAAGAUAUGCACUGUACAGAACGAAUCAAUAAAUUCUGUUCUCUCUGAAUUUUGACUGCAUUAGUAGAGCAAAAUAAAUGAAUUUUGCAACUAGAA